UACGUUUCGCUACGAACGGCGCGAGGUGACGUCGACGUCACACGAGUGAGCUGAAGAAGCGUUUCUUUCUGCUAACGAAGCUACUCUGCCGUAAACUCUGACGCUGACGUUAGCUUGUUGGCUAGCAGGUCUGGACGCUGAAGUUGUGCUCGCUCCAAGCUAGCCCCAUUCCCCCGGUUGUGUCCAUCAGAUGGUGGAAAGAGGAACAGCUCUGCUGAGGAGGAUGGAGAUAAACGUGGCGGAGGCGGAGAAGAGAACAGGGAAGAACACGGUCAACAUGCAGGAAACCUACACUGUUUACCUUAUAGAAACCCGGCCAGCUGAAACGAUCGCAGAGGGAGGUACGCCUGCCGCACCUGACACUUUGUGGAGACGCUACAGUGAGUUUGAGUUGUUCCGAAAUUACCUCUUGGUCACUUACCCCCACAUCAUCAUCCCUCCGCUACCAGAGAAAAGGGCAGAGUUUGUGUGGCACAAGCUGUCGGCAGACAACCUCGACCCAGACUUUGUUGAGCGAAGGAGAGUUGGCCUGGAAAACUUCCUGUUGCGUGUUGCAUCACAUCCUGUCCUCUCGGAUGAUGAAAUGUUCCUCCGCUUUCUCACAGAUGAGAAAAGGUGGAAGGAGGCGGUUUUGGAGACGGGUUUCCAAGACAAGGUUGAUUCCAGGCUGAAGUCUCUGAGUGCCAUGUUCCGAGUCAAAAACCCUGACAAGCAAUUCACAGCACUGAAACACUACAGUGAUGACCUGAACACCAUCAUCUCUCAGCUACUCAGGGUGCGCGCGAAAGUAGCAGACAGGCUGUAUGGAGUUUACAAGGUCCACGGCAACUAUGGCAGAGUCUUUAGUGAGUGGAGUGCUAUAGAAAAAGAGAUGGGAGAUGGACUUCAGAGUGCUGGUCACCACAUGGACACAUAUGCUGCAUCUAUUGACGACAUUCUGGAGGAAGAGGAGCACUAUGCAGACCAACUUAAAGAAUACCUCUUCUACACUGACGCUGUGAGGUCAGUAUGUAGGAAACAAGACUUGAUCCAGUAUGAGUUGGAGAUGGCAGUUCAGGACCUCAGCACUAAGAAACAACAGAAAGAAGAGCUGACCUCUGGGACGGUACGAAUCUUUUCUCUCAAGGGGAUGACCACUAAACUGUUCGGUCAGGAGAGCCAGGAGCAGAGGGAGAGCAAGUUGGAAGCGUUGGAUCUGAGUAUUCAUGAGGGGGAGGAGGCUGUGAAUGAGAAGAACAGAGAGUGCAAAGAGUUUUUGCAAACAGCCUGGGGGGACAUUGAGCGGUUUAGGGAGCAGAAGGACAACGAUUUGCGCGAGGCACUAAUCAGCUAUGCCAUUAUGCAGAUCAGCAUGUGUAAGAAGGGAAUCCAGGUGUGGUCCAACGCCAAGGAGUGUUUCAACAAAAUGUGAGCCACUUUCCCAGCCAAUCACACCUAAACAAUAGCCAAUCAGAUUGUGCAGACUGGAAGCAUCAACCAGUCGUCGUGCUGCCGUCUCAUGAAAAUGGACUAUGGGAGCCCAAACACUGCUUACUCUUUGUUCGCUGUGCUAAAUUGAAGCUACUGAGAAUAAUUCUGUCUCCUUUCCUCUCUCUAUCUCUCACACACAUCUAUUUUGAAAAAGGGUCGUAAGUGAAUCACUUAGUUAGUCUAAACCUUUUUAAAGCCAAGUGGCAAUCCAAAUUUUCCAUACUUGUUCUGAGUUGUCCUGAACAGUGACACCCCGCACUGAUAAUACAUGAUAGUUGCCUGGUGUGAAUAGCUGUUCAUUGUGUUUCAGUUGUGACCCCUCCCUUAACUUAUUACUCACCCUGAAAAUAGGGAUGCCGAGCAGAGUGCUACUUAAUACAUUUCAGCCAGUGUUUCAUUUGACUCAUUUUAGAAUUGCCUGCCUCAGAGAAACUGAAACAAACUGUAGUAUGUGCCUUUUUUCUCACUAAUUAAACUGCAGUUUGUUGCAAAUUGGCAAUAUUGAAAAUUAAAAAGGAAUCACUUACUGUCAUAAAUAGUACUGUUAACAAGCAUCAUUCUUAUGUUGGGGCUAAUCUGGCACUUAUAACCUCACGUGUCACUGCACUAAAUCCUGUACUUGAUAGUUAGUCAGACAUUCAUAUUGUCUAUUUGCAGGAGCGUCUUUAAACUGGGAUAUUUUAUACUGGCAGAAGCCAGUAAUUAACCUGGAAAAGCAUGGCCAGGAAUUUCCCUCAGACUCAUACAUUUAUAGGCUAUACUGUAAAUCAAACUGUAAGUCACAGAAACAUGGACCACACUUCAGAAAGCCCCUUACACAUUCGCGUCUCCCUGUUUUUAUUUUCGUGUAUUUGAUGUACUUUCAUGCUGAUGUCAAGCUUUGGGUUGCUAUUCAUCGAUGGCUCACCAAAGUGCUUGUGACCAAGAACAUUCCUGUACAGAACAGAUCACAGGUGGACUGCACAGAGGAACACAGUUAGGGUAGGUUUAUUUUUUAUUUUUUUGUGCCAAAAACACAGAGCCAUGAUGAAGUGUAGCCAAGAAGACCUCAGACUGCUUUGACCAAAGUGUUUCUUUUUCCUUCGGAGACUUGUUGAAAGACUGAAGACUAAAGACGACACACAUGCAGAUCAAUAGCUGAGCCUUCUCUCUGCUGUCAAGCUUCACUGCCUUAAUACGAACAUUGGUUUUGUACAACAGGGGAAGGACAAAAAAAAAGUUGUUGACCUUCUCGCCUUAACAGUUUUUCUGAUAUUAAAUCUCUGCAUUAAAUGGACCCAAGUUCCAAGGAUGGAAUGUUCAAUGUUUACUGAAAGUGUUGACCAAAAUGUGGAAACGUUUAGGUACAGAUAUUUUAGAUCCCUACAUAUGCUGUAGAUUUACAUAACAAAUACUACUCUACUGCCCGAGGUGCAAAAAUUGGUGUGACGUUGAUCUAACAUCUGAAACUUAUGCUGUGAUUGUUUUCCGUCAGCAAGUACUGUUUUUCUACAAUAAACCUAAUCAAUUUACCGGAAUAAUCCCAAAUUUAGGCUUUAUGUAUGUUUUUAUAACAGACACCUUAUAAUGAGAGGUGAUUUUCCUGUCUCUGUAUUCACCGUGCUAAGACACUAAUAAACAUUUCUUUUUAACUA